ACUUUCUUGCUCUCUCAUCCUUCCCCCCCCCCCCCACCUCUCUCUCUCUGUGUCUGAAAUCGUUGAACUUUCUCAGCUCCUUUUGUUCCCUUUGUCCAGAUAGUCGUGUCUCUUCUUCUCAAGUCACCUAAAUCCCGCUUUCCAUCACAAGACCCACAUCCUACUCCUCUACUUCCUCUCAUUUCAUCGCUUAAAUCCCCUUUUCAUCGUCUUCUCGUUGUCUUCAAAUUCCUAUAAUUAUUAUGAGGAGGCAUAAAAGGGUGCCUCUUCCUGCCUGGCUUGCUCUUGUUGUCUAGGUGUCUUCUGUGCUUUCCCUUCAUCUUCUGCUGUGUCCUUAGGGAGAUAAACAGACAUGGCUGGUGGCAAUGAACUCAACCUCAAUGAAUCCAAGUGUAUUGUUCCACUCAACACCUGGGUUCUCAUCUCCAAUUUCAAGCUGGCCUACAAUCUUCUUCGUCGCGCAGAUGGAACAUUGAACCGCGAGCUUGCCGAGUUCCUUGAUCGGAAGGUCCCUGCCAACACAAUUCCAGUCGACGGAGUAUUCUCUUUUGAUCACGUCGAUCGAAACACUGGCCUGUUCAAUCGAGUUUAUCAACCAGCUCCUGAUAACGAGGCUAAGUGGGGCUACAUAGAGCUCGAAAAGCCCUUGAGUACCACCAAGGUUGUCCCUGUCAUCAUUUUCUUCCAUGGCGGAAGCUUCUCUCAUUCCUCCGCGAAUAGCGCCAUUUACGACACUUUCUGCCGCCGCCUGGUCAACAUUUGCAAGGCCGUUGUAGUCUCCGUGAACUACCGUCGUUCGCCGGAACACCGGUACCCCUGCGCCUACGAAGAUGGCUGGGCUGCACUAAAAUGGGUGAAAUCAAGAACAUGGCUUCAAAGCGGAACAGAUCCCAAGGUUCAUGUGUACCUAGCCGGGGAUAGUUCUGGAGGCAACAUUGUUCAUCAUGUGGCGGAGAGGGCAGCCGAGGAGGAUGUUGAGAUUCUGGGUAACAUUCUUCUUCAUCCAUUGUUUGGCGGAGAGAAGAGGACGGAGUCAGAGAAGAGACUGGAUGGGAGGUACUUCGUGAGAUUGCAAGACCGUGAUUGGUAUUGGAGGGCUUUUCUUCCUGAAGGUGAAGAUAGAGACCACCCUGCGUGUAACCCUUUUGGCCCCAGAGGAAAAAGUCUCAGGGGACUCGAGUUCCCUAAAAGUCUUGUUUGUGUGGCUGGUUUGGACCUUCUCCAAGAUUGGCAAUUCGCAUAUGUAGAAGGUCUCAAGGAUUCGGGUCAAGAUGUCAGACUCCUUUUCCUGAAAGAAGCUACGAUCGGUUUCUACUUCCUGCCAAAUAAUGAUCAUUUCUAUUGCCUCAUGGAGGAGAUAAACAAGUUCGUCAAUUCAGACAGUUAAUAAACCACCACUUAACCUUACCUGCUACAACAAGGCCAUACAUAACAAAAGCGCCACACUUCACAUGGGUUCUAUUUUUGUAUCAUCUUUUUCUCUUUGCUACUUUAUAAAUAUGGUGUGUAGUUACUAGUUAUAAAAAUUGCUAUAGUAAACAUCCAUGGCGGUCAAUUUGAGAGUUCUGAAACUCCGGGACUCUUGUCUGUUAUCUGCCCAUGUCUCUCUGAAGGGUAGUUUCAGCAGUUUGAAGUAGAAAGCUCUGUUCAGUCAGGUGGGGGGUUCAUCAAGCUUGCCCUGCUCAUCCUUAGUGACCAUAAUCACUGAAGGAAGAUAGAGGAUGAAGCUUGGUAGUCGGUCACUUUGGGUUAAGGAAACGGGGUUCCUAUCGUAGCACUAAUUUCUUAAUGUAAAGUGGAGCAAAUCCCAUAUUAUUAUUAUUAUUAUUAUCAUUAUGGACUUGUAUCUUA